AUGGUCGACUAUGAGGUCGAACCGAACACGACGGAAUGUAUGUGCUCGGAUCUCCAAACAGAGGACUAUUCUCCGCUUUAUGCCAAGUGCAAUUUGGCGCUAAUAAUCUUCGCCCUGCCUCCACUGUCAUUUUUUGGAGUUUGUACCAAUAUCGUCAAUGUUUACAUAUAUUCAAGAAAGAGGAUGCAGAACUCGGCAAACACCUAUCUUCUGUUCCUUGCCUGUAGUGACUUUUUGGUUAUUCUCACGGGUCUCUUUAUAUUUUGGAUAGGUGAGUUAUCAGGCCGUAUGCUUCUAAAAGAUAGACGAAACUUAGAUAUACAUCUAAUACAGGCAAAAUGUGCUAAACUUCUCCUCUCCUCUUGUUGA